CACGCCAGGCCGGCUCCCCUCUUGCCACAGGACUCUCCCCUCGCCCCCAGCCCGCUCUCGCCCCUCCGCCUUGUGUCGCUGGCUGGGACCGAGACCCGGACAGCGGCACCCUCGAGGAGAAAUGGGUCUGGGGCCGAAGUGCCUGGCCUAGAGCAGCAUUUAUCGGGAUGAAGAUGAGUGGAAAGAAUUUGAACAAAAAGAGGUUGAUUACAGCGGCCUCAGAGUUCAGGCGAUGCAAAUAAGUGAAAAAGAAGAAGAAGAUAAUGAAAAAAGAGAAGAUCCAGGUGACAAUUGGGAAGAAGGUGGAGGUGGUGGUGGUGGUGUCGAAAAAUCUUCCGGCCCCUGGAAUAAAACCGCUCCGGUACAGGCACCUCCUGCUGCAGUAAUUGAAACCCCAGAACCAGCAAUGACUAGCGGUGUGUAUAGGCCCCCUGGAGCCAGGUUAACCACAACAAGGAAAACACCGCAAGGCCCACCAGAAAUCUACAGUGACACACAGUUCCCGUCCCUGCAGUCCACUGCCAAGCAUGUAGAAAGCCGGAAGGAUAAAGAAAUGGAGAAGAGCUUUGAAGUAGUAAGACACAAAACUAGAGGUAGGGAUGAGGUUUCAAAAAACCAGGCCCUUAAACUUCAGCUAGACAACCAGUAUGCUGUGCUUGAAAAUCAGAAAAGCAGCCACACACAGUACAAUUAAGGAAUGGUCUUUGCUAACCCUUCUAAGGUAACUAGACCACAGCUAACCACCAGGAACAGCCAUUCAUCAUCUGAUCUCUGCUGGACCCGCGGCCGAUGCAGACCACUCGAUAUAAGUGACCGUCCCUAUUGCACUAUGGAAGCAUAAGUGUCACACUGCUCUUUGUGUUGUAUUGGAUGUAGGGGGAGUCUCAUUGUUCUAUAAAUGCGUGAACUAGAUUCAGCAGUGUUCUUUCAUUAUUACUCUGCAAGUACAAAAACAAACUGCAGCCAGUGGUCAUUUCAAAAUCUUUUUAUGUUCAGAUACUGAGCCUUCGUAAGGGCUGACUACCUCAGGUUUGCUGCACUCGUCGCGGACUUCUUGUGGAUCACAACUUCUGGACACGAAGGUUACAGCUAGUAAGUGUCGGUGUGAAGCUUGAAACCAGCUCUCCUGGAUUCCUAUCAAAUCCUGCAGAAAGUCAGCCAUCUCGGUUCUGAUCUGCUGUAAAAGAUGAAGAUUUAAGUGACCUUAAUUAACCUGUCCUGUGCCCCACCCUUAAGGAAUACUCUGUAGUGGGCUGUAUUAGACUUCCUGGAACGUGCCGCUCUCAAAAGAACUCCUGUGUUCAGAUAAUCUGUGUAGUAGGGCUGUGAUUUUAUAGUUUAAACUUUGAGUUGUAUCCUGGGGUAACCAUAAGUUAAAUUCAACCAAACUUGGGUCCACCCAGUGGGAAAGGAGGUUGGUGGGGGGGGAGUGAUCUUUCUUCUUUUAGUGAUUUCUUAUUAUUUGGGUAGUGCUUUUUCUGUGUUCCACAUUAAGGCCUUUUUUUUUUUUUUUUUUUUUUUUUUUUUGGAAUAAGUUCUUUGACAGAGCAUAUUGCUUGGUUGAAUAAGUAACCUGAAAUAUGCGUUAGGAUUGUGAAACGUCUCGUGAAAUUUGCCAAUCCCUAGAGUGGAACCAAAUAGCCUUUGGUGUAAAGGGCAGUGGAUGCAGGGGGCUCUCCUUCAGGUGCUGCUAAAGCCUCCUCUGAUCAGGUCUAAACUGUACAGUAAACUGCAGUAGAAAGAGUAAGGGCUCUGCUCAGGCCACGUGAUCCACUGACCUGUCCUUAUAAAUCCAGAGCAACGUGAGCAGAACCUUCACCUAAAACCCACUUGGGUUUUCACGGAUUUUGCGUGAUCUUUGACAAGAUUUCCAGAUACACUUGUGCCCAAAUUGUUAAGGUAUUGGACCUUCCGUAGAUGCAAUGACUGUGCCAGCUUAGCUCUGUUCUCAACCUUUUGGUAUAUCUGUGUUCAUUUGAAGAGUCAGGGGCGAGAGGGACAGGUGAUGUAGCACUUCUGUUUUUAAUAAUUACAGCUUAAACUAUCCAGUAAUUUUUAGUCCUUAAAGGGACUUCAGGAAGCUACCCAGGAUUACUGAGAAGUCUUUCCAUCUAAUGAGAUAGUCUGGUAAUUUACUAGUUUUGUAUCUUUGGUUCAAUAGAAAUACUUCAAAGUGGUAUGUGACUGCUUGAUGCAGAGUCUGGGUUUCUCUAUAAUAAAUCCCUUUGCCAAAUGCAGGAGUUGCAGACUUGCUACUGGCAAGAGUGAAGCAAACGAGCGAGUAGAACUAUUCCUGUGUGGGGGCAUCUCCUAUGGGAGUUUAGUCUGAUGAAAGUGUCAGUGCAGGAAUCAGCUCCUGGGAGUUGACAGUAUCUCCUGACAGGACCUGCCCACCACACCUGGGCCCUAACGGCGUUGUUGGAGGCGGCAGGCAGGAUGCCUGGCCUCCGGUGUAUUGGGGCGAGUAGCUGAGCCAGCCAAGGAGAGGUUGGAUGAUUAAGCAAGAAACAAGGGAUUCUUGGUUAAACUGAAGACUUCGUUUGGGAACCAAAAAUCUUAACAAAUAGUCUCUUGGACCUUGAGCCACAUAUUUCCCCUGAAAAGUAUGCAUUUUUUUUCCAGCAAAAUUUUGUUGGGGGUUACGUUAUUGAGGAAUGAACUGAGAUGAAUAUGCACAACUUUUAUUUAAUGGCAUACUACGCUAGAAAUCUGAAGACCUGCGGGAGAUAUAAAGUUCCAACUCUUGUUAUAACUUUUUAAAAGAUUGUGAAAUUAUAAAAAUGCACAUGAAUCAAGUUUUAAUAUACUGUAUGAUGGGUGGGUGAGGCUGUCCAUUGUACCAUUUCUUUCUUUGAAUUCUCAGGCAUGGUUUGGCAGUGCAAGAACUCUGUAACAUUAACAAAUUCAAUAAAAAGUAAAUAUAUGGA